AUGUUGGCGGUUUUCCUUGCAAUUUGCUAUCUUCUGAGUGUGGUCCACGGUGGGACCAAUACGGUCACGUUCGGUCCUUGCGUCAAACCCAGCGUGAAAACGGAUCUUAACAUAACCGAGUACGCUGGACUAUGGUACGAGUACGAAAGGUUUCCGGUUUCCUUCGAAGAUGGCUUGUCGUGCGUGCAAGCUCACUACGCCAGAUUGGAUGAUCAAUUCGGUAGAUUCCGACUAAACGUGACAAAUGCAGGAAUAAAAAACAACGCGCCUGACGUAAUCGUUGGAACUGCCAUCCAGUCCUGGCAACCAGGAGUUCUGAAAGUCAAGUUUCAGGGUGCUCCCGUGUAUGGAACAUACAAAGUGCUGGACACUGACUACACUAGUUAUGCCAGCGUGUAUUCCUGCAUCAACUUCUUCUUAUUUAAGAUCGAAUUCGCGUGGGUUCUGACUCGUGAAACGAUUCCAACCCCGGAAAUUUCCGCCAUGGCAGAAAAAGUGUUCACUGACAGAAAUAUCAACACUGGACUUUUUGUCAAAACUGUACAAGGUAAGCAAUAUUAUCCUUUUGCCCAAGUUGGAAUCAUCAAUGCAGGAACUGUUGGAUUGGAAGACACUCCAAGGGUUAUUAAUGGAACCGCAUCUGAAACAUUUGAUGAUGGCGUUUUGGCAGUUUCUUUCCAAAAUGUGCCAAGAACAGGUGAAUACCGGGUGCUGGAAACUGACUACAAGAACUUUGCCUGCAUCUACUCGUGCAUUGACGUUUUUUUCCUGCUUCGGAUAGAGUUUGCUUGGAUCCUGGCCCGGAGAAACAAACUGAGCCCCGAAAUGCUGGCCCGGGCCCAGCGGGUCUUGGCCAGCAAUAAUGUGGACCCAGCCAUCCUUGUUGACACUGUCCAAAAUGGUGACUGUAAUUAUGUGCUCCAUCCCUGA